AUGUCUCUGCGCACCAGCCUGGCGUCCAUUUCCUCGGACGUGAAAGAGGUUCUGCGAGUACUGAGAGAAUCAACACUGCCCGAGCCUUCUUCGGCGAUCUUGGACUCGUACGAGCUCAACAUGUCUUCAAGGCCGAUAACCACGAUCAAGACAUCGCCGCUCGCGUUUGUGGCCCACGUACAGCCGGAAACGUCGCUUUUCCCGCCCGCCGUGCUGAACCAGCUCAAUUUGCUGCCCUCGCUCGAAAACAUGCAGACCGACAUCGUGUCGGUCCGGCUGCUGAGCUACGACCAGGCCGCCAAGCUGCUCGACAUUUUCCGCGACAGGUACGGCCGCUGGAUCUCGUUCCCAGACACGUUCAGCACGCCCCAGCUGCUCACGCACAUCCGCAAAACGUGCCCGCUGCUGCUCACUGUUGCUUGCGCGCUCUCGUUAAAAUACGGCGACCCCAACUUGAAAGAGCUGGUCUACCACGAAAUGCUGCUCAUCAUCAAAAGAGAUCUCGAACGGAGCUUGGUUAACAUGCCUAAACGACUGGAGUUUCUCCAAUGUCUGAUCAUUCUCUCCAUCUACAGCGUGAGUCUAAGCGACGAGUCUGCAGAGCUACGUCUGGACGGAUGGUACCUGUCGCACAUCGGUAUCCAUCUGUUUCUGCGACUCAAUAGCUACGGGCUUUUUGAAUACCUGUACGACCCGGCACUCGUGCAAUUCGAGUUCAACGAGCUCACCUCUUACAGAAUUAUAAAUACCUUGGUGCUCAUCCAUUUGGCAUACUCGCUGCUUUCUGGAAAACAGUCUUCCUACUCUUUGGGCACCUUGACCCCGAAAAAGUUCUACGACCACAGCCUCUCCACCAACUUCGACUACCGGAUCAUCGCAGAGGUCGAGGUGUACCUCUUCGCAUAUCGAUAUCUUCAUCUAGGUGAGAGUCUGGAGAUAGUGCGCAGUCAGAUGAAAGGCUGGCUUUCCGAGUGGGAAGAGCUGUUCACGAGCUCUGCCAACGAGUUUGUCGAGAUCGACUACCAUCUGGCCGAGCUGCUGCUGAUCUUUGGCGAGAAUGACGCCGACCUGCAAAAGGUGCGCGAGAACGCGGAGGCGUACGACGCGGCGUAUUUCCACUCGGCAGAAAUACUGAAAUUGGCCGUUUCCAUCACCGACGACUCGUACUUUGCCUUUCUGUCGGACCAGAUGCACAUGAUCAUCGUGUACAACGCGAUGGUGGUGGGCACGCUGCAGCAGCCGUCCGACCCCGCCGUGGACGGUCUGCUACAGCAUCUGAAAAACCGGUACACGAGAAUUGCCACGAGCGAGAACGACAUGGCCUCCAAAUACAGCAUGAUGCUGCAGAGCGGAAGUAGGUGA